AUGCCAGGAAAGCACGUCCACUUCUCUGUCGACCCAUUCUCCGCUACACCUUCUCCACCGUGGUUUGUCAAGCCCUUGCCCAUAUCCUCUGAACCCAUAACUCCACCACCCUUAUCAUUCAUCGGUUCACCAUACGCUUGCUCACCACUACCCUCUAUCCCCGCUACCAUCCAUCCCCUGCUCGCCGUCUCCAACACACCAUCACUCAUCUACGACAUGUCGCGUCACAUAUCAUCCCUCCGUCCCUCCCAUCCCUCACUAUCACCCCACCGCCUCGCCGAACCAGCAACAGAACCACCACUGCCCUCACUCACCAUCGUAUGCCCCCACCUCCCCUGGCGAAUCAACGUCAAAGCCAGGCAACAAAACGGGUACAUCACCGUUGCAGACGUGAUGGAUGGACUCUAUCGAGCUCUACGGCUCAAUUCGACAGAAGCCGAGUUUAAAUUACUCCCUUCGCAUGAUAUGAAACACCGAGUCAACGAGGCGUAUAAACAGCGUUAUAGGCGCGCUUCGGACGUAACGGAGUAUGAGCACGAGAAGGCGCAGGGACUGAGGCGCGUGGAUUUCCUUGGAGGGAAAAAUACGUUUAUGGGGCUUUCAAAUAACCCUCUCCUUCCCUCUAACAUGAGCAGAAUCAAUGUCCUCUCGGGCGCUCAAAACGUCGUCAUAUCGAUCAAUUACAACUUGCACUUGGGCCAUAGAAUGAUAUCUGGUGCAGCAAGCACCGAACCUCAAACAACGCCGUCUAUUCAGGUUCAGUGUAUUACCUGUAACCGCCAUGUCUACUAUUCGCCAGUCAAGUCCAACGCGAACGGGAAUCAAGGGCGAUGGCUUGCGAGAUGUUUUCGAAAGAACCCUGAAACCGGCGUGGCUUGCAACUUCUUUCGCUGGUUGCCAGGCUCUGGAACACUGUCCCUCUCUCCUCGUGUUGGCUCAACAGCUGUUCUCCCUGCAAUCCUGCCACCUGGUGGAACUGGAGUUCUCCCACCUAUCUCUGUUCCUGGGAUAGGAAGUAUAAAGGCCAACGCACUGAUACUGAUAGUAGCCCCGGGCCCGCAUAAGCCAACCUGUCGCGCCAAGGGGUGCAACUCCAAAUGGAUUCGCAAAGGCUGCGAGAAACGAAUGUGCAAGGCACAUUGUCUUGAAACAGAAGGCUGCUCUGAUCCAGCACACAUAGGCUGCGCACCCAAAUUGCAACCUCAAGCUGAGAUAGAGCUUGCAAAAGAAUAUGUCGAUGACCCGUCUGAGUCUGACGGCCGUUACGGCCGUCAUGUGACGGAUGAAAACGGGUGUUCUGCAGGUCCAAACGGAGACGGACAAUUGCCCGUCAGACCCGUCCGUCGACCCGUCUAUGACGGGGACGGUGCGCAGCCCUACCCUUACUACCCCGCCGUAGUCGGCCCUUCGAGCACCAUUUCAACCUCCAUACAAGCCUCCAAAGCGCGUUUCCAAAGCUGGUUCGAAUUGAGCGUCGCCCUAUCCCCAACAACGAUCAACGCAAGCCGCGCACGAGUCCACAUAACAUUCAACCGCCUCGGAUCGUCAAGAAACCCAACGUUGCCAUCAACAUUACACCACACAGUCGAGAAAAUCGCUCUCCUGGCCCUGGAACGAGUCGAUGGUGGACGAGGUGAUGGUUUUUACACCACCAGAUGA